UACUUAUUGUGAACUAAAAUAUUUUUGCAGAUGAUGAUGUAAUUAUUACCAUACAAAACAAGAAUUUUACCAUUUUUCCUGGUAAUUUAAUUAUGGUAGAGAAGAAUACACCAUUGGUAAUUACAUGCAAUACUGUUAAAAAAGAUAAAUGGCCUAGACUAUUAACUAAUGCUUCUAAGCAAGAAAAAGUUAAAGUGUUUCAAUCUCGGAGAGGUUCAUUCUACGUUCAUAUUGACAUUUUGAAUAUGACAAAUGAUUAUUCUGGAAACUACAGCUGCAUAUCACCUAGAAAUGAGCAUUUUGUAAUGAUUAAAGUUUUUCCAGAUCCUGUAAAGAUCCAGUGUCCAAUACCUCAAAAUCCAAAAAAUGGUCAAGUGUUUUAUGAUUCAUUAAUAUAUAAUUCUGAAAUUCGUUAUGAAUGCAAUUAUAAUUAUAAAUUAGUGGGAGAAGCAAAGGCCACAUGCAAUGAUGAUGGUCAGUGGUCUCAAGUUCCAGUUUGUCAAGGCACAUGUAAACAUCCUGGAUAUGUUGAACAUGCAAAUAUUGUGGAUGAUAAUUUUGAAGUUAAUGGUGAAAUUCAUUAUGAAUGCAUGGAAGGAUACAGAUUGAUUGGUAAUGCAACAUUACGUUGUCUUAUAACAGGUGAAUGGACAAGUCAAAAACCAACAUGCAAAGAAAUUCGAUGUCCAGUUCCGCAUCAUCCAGAAAAUGGGGAAGUUGAUUUUUAUUCUCUAACAUAUAACUCUGAAAUUACUUAUAAAUGUAGAGAUGGAUAUAAAUUAAUAGGAGAAGCAAAAGCUAAGUGUCAAUAUGACAAUUAUUGGUCAAGUACUACUCCUAUUUGCAGAAAAAUCCAAACAUGUAAUGUUUAUGAUCUUAUUGAGAGAUUAUCUGAAGAUACAGCUGUAGCAAGUAACGUCACUGAACAUGUAACAAAUGGUACAAAUGUAACAUUAAUAUGUGCGGGUGACAAUCUUGUACUAUUAGGUCAAAACUAUGCUACUUGUCUAAAUGGAUUGUGGAAAACUGGAAAGGUUGAAUGUGUUUACGGAUGCUAUCCUAUUCGAAAACCAGAGAAUUCUUCUUUGAUACUGGAAAACUACAAAGAAAGUUACAGAAUCGGAGAAUCGAUUAUUUUUUCAUGUCCGGAAGACGAAAAGCUCGAUGGUGAUUUAGAAUUGAUCUUCUGCUUACAUAGUGGAUGGUCUGACGAUGAAGUGCCUAAAUGUAUACCUCUCUAAACUUAAAUAAUAAUUACAGCAAACUAUUUUGGAGGUUGUUUUGUAAACAAUAUAUAUAUUUUGAAUAUUAUGAAAAAUUAUAUGGUUUCUGUUUCGUUUGUAUUCAUUAAUCAUUUAUGAAUUUAGAUGCAAAAUUGCGAGUAAAUCAAGGCCAAAACAUAAAAUAACGAAGAAAUUAUAUAAAUCUAAAUCUGUUUUUAUUUAUUUAUGUAAUUUAUCAUCCUGUUUAAUUCUAGUCACCAGUAAGUUCGUUGGUGAAACAUUUUAUUAGAGUUUUCAUUUGGAUUUAGUCAAAUCUAAUAUCUAUUACCAAUUUAUAAACUAUUUUGUAUUUGCUUGUCAACUAUUAAAUAUUUAUAAACACGUAAGAUUUU